GUGGCAUUUCCAAAUAAGACUUCACGUGAAAAAUGUUGCAAAAAGACGCAAACAGUGCUACAACACGACGCGAAAUAAGCGAACGCCACCCCUUUCUUUUGGCACAUUUUUCUUGUCCCAUUUUGUUUCCUUACCAACUUUGUCCCAAGAGUGGCAUACAUGCAUGGCAUGUUUCCCUUUCAUUUGUCUCGUCCCUUCUAAGGGCAGCCUUUUUGUUUAAAUCACAAACUUGUUUUGCCCUUCACACACGGAUGUUCGCUAAGUGCACAGUUGGCGGAAAAUUCCAAAUGGGUGUAUAAGCGUGUGCAAGUAUACACUGUUUGGGAUAAUCCCCUUUUUUUUUCUUUUUCUUUUUUUUGUACACCUGCCUCGCACGCACACUUGUGUGAAGAGGCAUAAACGGGCGCAAAGCAACCCAACAAGCACAGACACGCAAAAAAAAGGGUAAAAAAAAAGGGCAAAAGAAAAAGAAGCCCCUCCACACAGAUACACACAUUAGCCCAUUCUGUGUACACUACUACGUGGUGCGCACCUAACCAAGGAGAACCCUACACUCGGCAAAAUGAAUACAGACUUAACAACCAGGGAAGCCAAAACUGCGGAGGAAAAGUCCCCCCUUGGUAGACUCACCUUUUCCGAGCUGGCCCAACUUUCCGAUUACCUAAAACCAAGUAGAAAUAACGAAAUGUCGUUGUUAGAAGGAAAACCCGAGUUGCCUGCACAGGACGAAAGUUAUAUGAACAGGUCAGCAAAAAAAAAUUUUCUCUUGGAAAAUUAUGAACUAGCUAGCCAAAAUGCACGAAAUAGCGCAAAAAAAAAAAAAAAUUCCGUGUGCAGUGAUAAAAGUUGCGUAGCGGAUAGCUGUAUAGAACAACCAGAGCAAAGUUACAAUCCUUUUAGGAAUAAACUCAUUGAUGAAGAAGAGAACAACCAUUUGAAACCUGCAAAGUGGCACAUGUCGCACGGACAUGACUCCAUCCAGGGGAAAGAAAAUUUACCAAACUGUGAGUCACAUGUGAACAGUUCGCUGAUAGGAGAACAAAAUGUGCUAACACGAAACGAUGAAGAUGCGCAUAAUAACCUCUCCAGCAAUUCCACGCGCAUAGACAGUUCCGAUGUUUUUUUCCCAACAAAGGAGAAUGGAAACAGUGUCAAGAAGGAAUGCGCCUCGUAUUCGCCAAGCAUAAGUAACAGCCGAAAGUGUGAAUGCGAUGAAAAUGGUAAAGCUGGGCAAUGGGGAGGCGGUAAGGCAGGGCCAAAUGCAGACACGCCGUUUGGGCGCGGGAUAAGCGGAAUAAGCGGAUUAAGUUUUUCUGGAGGAAGUGCACUGGGGAAGGAAUGCGAAGAGGUGGGCGAAGAAGAAGGAGGAGAAGAAAGGGAAGAGGAAGAAAAACAAGCGGAAUGUGAAAAAAGCGAGGAUGAAGAAAGCGAGGAAGAAAGAAGCGAGGAAGAAAGAAGCGAGGAAGAAAGAAGCGAGGAAGAAAGAAGCGAGGAAGAAAAAUGCGAGGAUGAUCAAAUUGAUGAUGAUCAAAGCGGUGAUGAACGAAGUGAUGACGAACAAAGUGAUGGAGACCAACUGGAUGAAGACCAACACGAUGAAGACCAACGCGAUGGAGACCAACGUACGGACGAAGAAGCAGACAUGCCGAUCGACCCCACAACCGCAAAGGAAAAGCGGCCUAGCCAAGGCAGCAGACGCAAGGACAACCGCGCUAUCUACACGAAAAGGGAGGAACAAACUGCAACAGAAAAAAAAAGCAUGCCCAAGGAGAAGACGAACAAGUAUAAAGACAAUUUGAGUUUAUUUAAUGAACUGUUAAAGCACAAAGGUGAGUUAAGCUACUUCCACCAGAAGAUGGUGGAGGAUGAGCAGCAGGAUGAGCUGCCGGAUAAACGGCAGGAGCAGCGGCAGGCGAAUCGUCUCCUAAGAGACGUGCGUGUGAAGAACGAUGGCCACUUUGACGAACGCGCGAGGAGUAGCAAUGUAGUCAAAUUAAGGCAAAACGGAAAUGCGCAUCUGUGGAAUAGCAGCCGUUCUAAUGCUGGAGCCUUUUCAGGCAAGCACGACAUCGCGCAGGUGGGUGUGAGGUCUAAUAAUAGCACGUGUAGUGCGCUUGCCGUGGGUAAAAAUGCCUCUUUUGUGGGAGGCCCCCCCGCAAGCGAAAGCAAUGAGGGAAACGGAGACGACAUGAAUGGCACCUCCGGUUCGAUUGAAUUGAGUGGAUCUCCAGACCCGCGUGAUGGCAGCAACCGCAGCACCUGCAGCUGCGACCACCUCCCCUCGAAAGGGACCCAUAGGGACCAAUUCAACGGAGCGGAAAAGGAAAGCAACGAGAAGAAAUCAUUGCAAAAGAAGAGGCACCCGAACUUGUACAGCUAUCUACUAUUAGAAAAUAAAAAGGAACAAACACAAAAUGUUCAAAUGAAAAUAAAUGUAAAAUUUAAAAAUAUAUAUUUGGUAAAAUAUAAGCAUGUCAAAUGUGUGGUGACUAACAACUCGGGGGUGAUUGUCCAUUCAUUUUCCUUUUGCAAAAACGGAGCAGAUUUGGAGGCACAGAAUCGAAUUUUUAAAAUGUAUAAUAAGGACAAGGAGAGCUUCCACAUGCUGCGUCAUGAUGAGGUGCAGGUUCUCCUGGAGGAGCUGAAAAGAAGAGCGCACACAGAUGUCACCUUUGAGCUGCUCUUCGAUGCGCAUGUGGUUAAUGGGAGGGUCGAAAUAUCUCCAUCGACGUUUUACAGGCUAAGCUUUUACGGCGUCGAGGAGGUGCCCCAGAAGGGGGUGGAGCCAGAUGCGAAGGGGACCAAGAGCAGAGAGACGAGUGCAAGGCUAACUAAAGAGGAUGUGAGUGCCCCCGGUGGGGGAAUCAGCGGGGUGGUCGCAAAAGGUGGGGCUGCUAAGGGGAAGACUCCCAGGGGGGAAGUCGCUCAAGGGAAGGUCGCUCAUGGGAAGGUCACCAUCGGGAAGGCUGCUAAUGGGAAGGUCGCUCAAGGUGGGCCUACCAACGGGAAGACUGCCCAUGCGAAUGCUGCCCACGGGAAGGUCACCAGCCGCGUCACUAGUAACCGCUUCUCUACCAACCGUGCCACUAACCACCGCGCAGCUACCAACCUUGCCGCUAACCACCGCUUCUCUGCCAAAGGAGCAACGGGCCAAUCGGGCAAAAGCAGCGCCACGCCCGUCACAAAACCGAAGGAGGAAAAGGAAAAGAACUCCUAUAUAGGGUUCACCAUACUACACCUUAAGUACCUCUUCCAGAUGCAGGAGAAGGGAUCAGUGCAUCUGAACAUCUCGAGUAACAACAAUGAGGGGCUCGAUUUUGUGAAAAGUUAUAGCAAAGAGGAACAUGCACAUCAAACGGAUGGAAAAGCACUUGCAGAAAUGUACUCAAAUAAUUUAAGCUAUGUAGACAAAAUAGGGAUGCUUUUUAAAAUAUUAUUUGGCCACAGUUUGAACAUCUCCUCUCAGAAGGUUUUCUUGGAAUAUCAGUUCGUUUCAAAUGAUGUGAGUGGUUGGGAUCUUCGUGUAGAGGGGGACUCCCCUGACAGACACGCAGAUUUUAAAAGUGCUCUGGAAAUGGUCCAAAAGGGGAACGUCUCCAACCAGUUAGAAACGAAAAAGGGAGUGGAAGAAUGCAUGAAGAAUUACCUUAAAAAUUGUUCCCAUUAUAUUUACGACGAAAUUACCAUUUCGCUAUUUGGCUUGCCAGAGAGAAACGGAGAGGAGAGCGAUAAGAGGUGCUCUGUGGACGAGGUGAAGGGUAGAGGCACAUGUGGAAGACCCCGCUUUUGUAAGUCCCCAAGUGAGGCAACCAUUCAGGGUUCUUUCUCCAAAGGGGGGCCUUUUCCCUACACAGUGUGUAGCGUUGCUAGUAGGGAGGGGACCCCAUACAGAGAGGCCAGUAAACUCUCCAAUAGCGGAUGGGACCACCACGAAGAAGAGGUAAAGACCUCCAUCCGUCUCAUCUCAGAGGCGUGUCUACCAGACUCGUGCGAAGCAUCACAGAGGUUAAAACCGCACCUGGUGAAUCUGCUGAAUUGGUUAGAGAGGACGAAUGAAAAAAGAAACAAAAAAAACAAAAAAAACAAAAGGAUGGAAACGUUGGAACAUAUUAUACGCAAGUACACCACAGGCUUUAAUGACUGCCUCGAUUUUGCGGAAGUGAGCAACGGUAGUAAGGCCUACAAACUCUAUGAGGAGAAUAAGAAGCUGAAGGAAUAUAUAAAAAACUGCAACUGUUUCUUUAUCAAUACGUUGAUGAGGAACCACCAGGAGAUACAGAAGUUGAGGCACAGCAAUAAGACUGUUAAUAUACUGUACAAUAGGGAGAGGAUGGGCAACCUAGGCAGGGGGGGAGUCAAGGGGGGCCCCUCCCUGGCGGGUGCCCACUCGGGGGAGGUGCGUCACGCGGAUGAGAUGCGCCAUGUGGGUCAUAUUGACGAGCUGCAUACACCCGUGGAGCUAGAUCGGUUCGGCGCGAUAAACACACUGGAGCAACAGAAUGACAUUCUGAGCGGCAUGAUUGGUAGGCGGCCCGUUGGGAACUUGGCCGGCUCCGCGAGCACGGCGAGGAGGGGCGAGCGGGGAUGUCCCCCCGUUUGUCCACACGUGACGAGGCAGGAUAGUCAAAGCGGCAACUACCAUGUGGGUAGCAAAGUGGGAAAGCCCUUUUCGAAAAGGAACUUCCAGACGCCCACGGCGGAUGGCGGUCGUGCAGACAAGCGGACUGAUCUGCUACAUUGUACGUCACAUUGGCCGAAAGAGGGGGGAGCGCCCCUGCAAGACCUUCAGGGGAGAAACGCGUGCAGCAAGUCGUCCCCCCAGUUGAGCUCAUUCAGCGCGUUUCGCUUCGGCGGAAGUGGUGGAAGUGGUAGAAGCGGCCGAGGCGGGCGCGCCUGUUCCCACUCGUGUCACCUCGGAAGGGGGGAGUCGCGCGGUGGGCCAGCGGAUAUAAGUGGUCGAAGAGACCGAAGCGAUGGAAGAUGCGGAAGCGGUCGAAGCGAGCGAAGCCGCCUGCUGACGCUCUACUCGAACCCGAUCGGCGCAGCCCUCCACGCGCGCGCGCCGAGGAAGGAACGGCGUGAUGCCACCACGGGCAGCCUUGUGAAGAGCUCGAAAGAUGCGUGUCUGCUCGCAAAUGCGAAAUGGAGCGCGUGGAGGCGGCGAACUGUUGGGGGGCAAGGCAGUAGGGAUGGCCAUGUGAGGCUGGAAGCCCCGUCUAGCAGUCAUGAAAUGAAGCCAAGACAAUCGCUUAGUAUGUUGAAGAAAAAGGGGGGCACGACGGUAUGCAGUGGAGAAGCGAUCCAUGCUGGUGGUAUUGCGAGGGGCAAAAAGGGGGCGACCACCAGGGGGGAAUGCAGCCCAUGGGAGGCGCGCCCCGAGUUGAAGAGAGAAAGACGCGAACGGGAGGGGUCCACUACCAGUUGCAGGAGCAAAAGGGGCCCCAGAGACCCGCCCGAGGGGGGGGCUAACCCUGGUCGAGAUAACCCUGGUCGAGAUAACCCUGGUGGAGAUAACUUCGGGGCAAGUAACCCCAAGGGGGAUCUCCCCAGCAGAGCAAAAAACAACUACGACACGAGUGAAGUGUUAAAGAAGGAGUACUUUCACAAAGCGCAGAUGGGGCCAGGGAAGAAGGGGCAAACCUUGCCCAAUUAUUGGCUCAACCCGAGAGGUGCAAAAGAGAAAGGAAAGGAACACCCCACUGAGGGGGCGACUAACAAUUCGAGUGAAGACAAAUCUGGUGAGUGGAAGGUAACGCAUGUGGGGGGACGUGAAAACGCAUCUGUCUCAACUUUGAGAGGUGGGAAGUCUGGGGCCAUCACGGGCGGGGGUUCCACACAAGUGGGUCCUACACAAGUGGGUCGAAUUUCCAAUCACCUCCAUGGGGGGAGAAAAGGAACCAACACGGUAGUGACAGCUGGAGGGGCAAACAAAGAAAACCACAUGAAUAACGUAGAUUACAAAAAGAGGUACAUCGAAAGGGUUAUAUCUACGUAUGAUGAGUACAUUCCCAUAAAGAGGGAACAGCCCCAUGAGGGGAGAAAAAUCUGCACAAUUAGCGGUUCAGCCAGUAGGGUGCAGUCCCCCGGGGUGGGCAAAAAUGAUGUUGCUAACGUAGAAGGGGUGGGCACCAAGGAGAGUCCCCCAAACGACAAUGCCAUUACGUCAAUAAAAGAAAUCAUUCAGAAUAACCUAACGAGGAAAAGCAACUUGGAUCUAAGCUGUAUAGAAAAAAGCGCGCUCCUCAAAAAUUUGCACAACGGUAAGGUGCCCCCUAGUGUGUACCUUGAGGGGGUGAAGUCGGGCGGACAGGAAACCCACCCGAAAGCUGCUCCGGGGGGAGAGAAACGACGCGCCCCCAACUCGAAGGACGCCUACAUCCUUGACAUCAUAGAUAAGAAUUUGAAUAAGUCCUUCAGCCAGCUGGACCGCAUAAAGAAGAAGAUGAGCGAGCACUUGGUUGUGUAG